AUGCAUACCAGGCCGCAGAGAAUCAAGAUUAGCAGAAGUGGCCCAUCGCUUAAGCGUAAGGCCAAAGCCCUUGGCGAGAAGGCGAAUGUUCUCAGCGUGCUCAUGUACCACAAUGCCAUUGAUAACCGGAUGGAAAUCGAGGUACAUGUGCCUAAAGACCUGAAGAAGUUACCGGAUUUCAAUAAACUUGUCCAAAGAGCCAUCCGUGAAAAGAGCCGAAAAGCUAAAGCUCACGCUCGGGCUCUUGCUACAUCACAGCCGACAAGCCAAACUCGCUCACGUACUGCCGACCGCGAAACCAGCGAGGAGAGAGCUCAAGCCGUUUCGCUAUCGAUCUACGAUAUCAUACCCGACGAUGACGGAGACACUGUUAUCGUUCACGAUCCAUCUUCUGCUGCAGGCGGGCAAGCGCACCCGGGUCACUCUUCGGGCUCAGUCAUCAAUCCUCAAUCCUCAGUCUUCACUCAUCGGUCUGAUGGGGAUAGUGUCCACCACCGCAUUAGCCACGCCACAUUCGAAAGUCUGCUCCGCGACCAGCUCAAGCGCACCCUCGACGACGGGAUCGAGAGCCUUGACAAGGGAGGUGCUCGUGGGGUCCUCUUCAAGGUGACUCUUCUUGCAUAUGGAUAUACCUUUAUUGGCAAGGGCACCGUGCCGGCAUUUAUCGAGGAUCGCCCGUAUGGCGCAGUGGUUGAGUGCGCCUGGCAGUGCUCUCGUUGUUGCGGUGGGCGACGAGAGCAAGCACACGACAGUGAGAUGGGCUCUAUCGCAGAGCCCGAUGACCAAAGAGUCUUCCUCACAUAUCCAAUUCUGGCGGGUUUUUCCACCUCGGUGGUUUUUCCCCGCCGGCGGAAGCAACAUCACCUGCUUUCACCUUCACCAAUUCGACGGACAUCGAACGGCUACUGGGACGAUGUUCAAACCGGAGGACUGCGGACUGAUGGGUCGGAUAGCAAUGGACGGGGAUGUUUUCCGACGGAAUCGAGGUUGGAUACUGACUAAAAUCAUCUGGCAGCGCCAGCAUGAUACCGCAAUAGCGUGGAUUGGCACGUGAGCGGCUCUGACAUGUACAUACAUACACUGACACCUCCACAACCCUGCGAUGUAUGGCUCUGGGAGGCGUGGUUUGCCCUAAUAAGGGAUGUUCCCCACGUUAAAUACAAUCAAUCAAUCAAUCAAUCA